AUGCUUACUACCUGGCUUGCAUCCACCAGUUGGUUCAACACAGUCACGAACUACCCGCCCGCCAUCUCAUUCGCCAUCAACCACAAUGCUACGGGCACCCUCAAAGACAUGACCGCGAACCUGAAGAACAGCCAAGGAUUCGCCAUGAACAUCAUCAAAAGUGCUUUUAGCAUGGAAUGUGAGCUCUACAAAUCGAUAGAUAUUACCCACCCGGUCACAGGCAGAGGUGCCGUCAACCUCACAAAGUUCAAGCCAGUUGCAUGUACUCUGGAACUCAUUGACAACACCAUCUGUGCCGCAGAGCGCAAGGCCCUCCUGAACACCACAAACAAGCUACACAACGCUGCCGGCAAUGUCUAUUACAACGAUAAAUGCACUGGGGCGGUCUGGGAAGCGUAUAGCACAUUCAAUCUCACAUUGAAGGUCAUCGUGUUGCUGAUGUGUGCUGGGCAUUUGCGCAUGGUGUUUAUGGUGUUGGGAAUGGCAUGGUGGAGUCCAGACAUUGAUUCAGCAUGUGGGCUGCAGCUUGCAUGGGCCUAA